AUGCAGCGCGCAUUGGCUUCUCGUGCCCGCGCCUCGGCCGUGUCCGGCGCUUAUAAGUACCGAUCUGGAAGCAGCCUUGGUCAGCAAGUUCGAUUUGCCCACAAGGAGCUCAAGUUUGGUGUUGAGGCCCGCGCCUCUCUCUUGGCCGGUGCCGACACUCUCGCCAAGGCCGUCGCUACCACUCUGGGACCCAAGGGCCGAAAUGUCCUGAUUGAGUCCAGCUUCGGCUCUCCCAAGAUCACCAAGGAUGUGGUUGCUGACAUGCUGUUUGCUCUAGACGGUGUUACUGUCGCCAGGGCCAUCGCCCUCAAGGACAAGUUUGAGAACCUCGGUGCCAAGCUGAUCCAGGAUGUUGCUUCCAAGACCAACGAGACUGCUGGUGACGGUACCACCAGUGCCACCGUCCUGGCUCGUGCCAUCUUCUCCGAGACCGUCAAGAACGUCGCCGCCGGCUGCAACCCCAUGGACCUGCGUCGAGGUAUCCAGGCUGCCGUUGACUCUGUUGUCGACUUUUUGCAGAAGAACACCCGCGACAUCACCACCAGCGAGGAGGUUGCCCAGGUUGCCACCAUCAGUGCCAACGGCGACCACCACGUCGGCAAGCUGAUUGCCAACGCCAUGGAGAAGGUCGGCAAGGAGGGUGUCAUUACCGUCAAAGAGGGCAAGACCCUGCAGGACGAGCUCGAGGUUACCGAGGGUAUGCGAUUCGACCGCGGUUACGUCUCCCCCUACUUCAUCACCGAUACCAAGUCCGCCAAGGUCGAGUUCGAGAACCCUCUGAUCCUCCUCUCUGAGAAGAAGAUCUCUGCUGUUCAGGACAUCAUUCCUGCCCUCGAGGCGUCUACCCAGCUCCGCCGUCCCCUGGUCAUCAUUGCCGAGGACAUUGACGGCGAGGCCCUGGCUGUCUGCAUCCUGAACAAGCUCCGUGGCCAGCUCCAGGUCGCCGCCGUCAAGGCCCCCGGCUUCGGUGACAACCGCAAGUCCAUCCUCGGCGAUCUUGCCAUCCUGACCAACGGUACCGUCUUCAGCGACGAUCUUGACAUCAAGCUCGAGAAGGCCACCCCCGACAUGCUGGGAUCUACUGGCUCCAUCACCAUCACCAAGGAGGACACCAUCCUCCUCAACGGUGAGGGCAGCAAGGACUCCAUUGCUCAGCGAUGCGAGCAGAUCCGCGGCGUCAUUGCCGACCCCACCACCUCUGAGUACGAGAAGGAGAAGCUCCAGGAGCGUCUGGCCAAGCUGUCUGGCGGUGUUGCCGUCAUCAAGGUCGGUGGCUCUUCCGAGGUUGAGGUCGGCGAGAAGAAGGACCGAUUCGUCGAUGCCCUGAACGCCACUCGUGCUGCCGUUGAGGAGGGUAUCCUCCCCGGUGGUGGUACUGCCCUGAUCAAGGCCUCUGCCCAGGCUCUGAACGAGGUCAAGGCCGCCAACUUUGACCAGCAGCUCGGCAUCACCAUUGUCAAGAACGCCAUCACCCGCCCUGCCCGCACCAUCAUUGAGAACGCCGGUCUCGAGGGCUCUGUCGUUGUUGGCAAGCUCACCGACGAGUUCGGCUCUGACUUCAACCGCGGUUUCGACAGCGCCAAGGGCGAGUACGUUGACAUGAUCCAGGCCGGUAUCCUUGACCCUCUCAAGGUUGUCCGCACUGGUCUCAUUGAUGCCAGCGGCGUUGCCUCUCUGCUCGGUACCACCGAGGUCGCCAUCGUCGAGGCCCCUGAGGAGCGACCUGCUGGUCCUCCUAUGGGUGGCAUGGGCGGCAUGGGCGGAAUGGGUGGCAUGAUGUAA